GAGGAGUCGCGUGGUGUAAAAUUAAACUGAUGGCAAGAAACACUCACUCAUUGUUAGAUGCUAAUACAGAUUGCCGAUUUGUAGCCUAUUGAGCCAUACUAAUAUGAGAUCCUUGAUAUACAACACACAACACGAAACUCUAACUACUUGCUGGUCAUGUGGAUUUUAGUUAUGGUGAUAGACUAAAACAAUAAACUACACCAAACAACCUUUAGAACUCAUCGUUUUCAAACUCAGAGAGAUAAUUUUCUAUUCCAGCCUGUUAAAGAUUCCAACCCAUUGUACAGAUGAACAAGCAACUAAACCAUGGGGGCCAAUUUGGAACAUUUUGUCCCUGUUGGCACAAGUCAUCAUAUGACAGUGGCCUUCAGAUUUAAUUAUUACUUGGUUCGAGGCAAGAGCGGGCCAAGGUUCAAAUAUUACUGGCUGGUCUAAACCUGUUGAACAAUAAGAUGUGGCCUGUUCCUGAAAAAUUAUAGAGUAAAGUGACAUAUUUGAGGGAGAAUUUUAUACCCAAAAUCAAGAACCAAAGAACUUUUAUACAUUAAUCAGGCGGCAUUUGAUAAAGUUAAGCAGGCAUCUCAAGAGUUUCAAGAGAAUAAUGCAUAUUAGGCCCAGAAACCAAUUUAAAUAAAAAAUGAAGGUAAAAAAGACAACAGACCGAGGUCUAGUCGAAUCCCCAAAGCUUUCUAUUGUUUCUCAAAAUCAGCAUUAAGGACUUGAAGACGGUGUAGUGAUGUAGACUCAAACUUUUCUAUGCAAUUAGUAAAUGCAGUAACAACCAUUGUUACGAUGUCAUAGUACACGACAGAAGUUGAUUCUGUUAUUCAGUUUGCUUCAACUGAAGAAUCACCAGCUACAUAUUUUUAUGUUUCACCUCCCAGUUGCUUACACCUUUAACAUUCGAGGCUUGUGUAUUUUUCAUCCAUCCAAAAGUUUAAGAACGACAAACAACAUUAAAUUUUGGCGGCAAUCUACAUUUUUUUUAGUAUAAUUGAUGUUGCUAUGAAUAACAGAGCAAUUUUGUAAAUCUAUAGUUAGAUAUUAAAUUUAAAAGAUAUAAUUUUCAUAACCAUACUAUAUUUAAAGUGCAAUGCAGGACAAAAGAACAAUAACAUCACAUUGAAAUAUAAAAAUCUCAUUAAUUUAUUUAAUAUAUUCUGCAAUGCAUCAAGACAAAAAUGGAUGACCGCCAAACUUUGUUCCAUACAAUUCUAGAUUACUUAAAAAUAAACCGUACACAGUGACUUUUACGCGGCUCUAAGGGAAUGCGUAAGAAACUUCCUGAAUCAGCUGCUCAUCUGGCACCACUCCGCACCUCUCAAAAUACCCAGCUGACGUAGUGAAACGUCACAGUAGUGGGUGUGGUGCUGGUAUAAAACCUGCCGCCACACCCUCACCACUCAGUACACAAUUAUUAUCACUCAGUGCUUAACAAGUUAUCUUCAACAACUACCAAACUUUACUUUUAAGUGUUAGUUAAGUGAGUGUCAACAUGGCAUCUGUUCACAAGGAAAGUUCACACACAACCAAGACUUACAGUUCCACGUCCGGCAAAGACACAUCUCGAGGUAGAAGUUCAGCAGAUGACCUCUGGGAUUUCUACUUACCGAUCAACCGCAAGGGACGCUUCUUCCAGGACUCUUCCGUCGACCAGGAGCGUAAUCAGUUUGACUCAGCCAUUAAAGAUGUGCUCAACAAAUGGGACGAGUCAGACUUCCUAAAGGAAGCGUUGGACGACAAAGAUUUCGGUUGGUCAAGCAAUCUCAACCGCUACAGGAAACUUCGAUCACGCAACAUGAAGGAAGACAACCAGGCCGUCACCGUCACCUCUGAUAACACCUGUCAUAAGAUCAUGUUGGACGUGCACGACUUUAUGGACGGGGAGGUGAAGGUGAAGGUGGUGGGGGAGAGGGAGCUGCUGGUGGAGGGACGCAUGGACGCUUCCAAGACAAGAGACCUGAUUGGCAUCUCAAAUACCUUCAGACGUCGCUUCUCCUUGCCAGACGCCACCAACAUGGACGCCAUCACCUCUGUUAUGUCCUCCGACGGCAUCCUCACCAUCACCGCUCCUAAAGUAGUAAGCCAAACAAAAGAAGAUUCGACGAUACCAAUCAAAGUUACAGGAACCAAGACCAAUAUAUCAGACUAUAGGACGUCCACCUCGACCUCCCAGGCUGGGUCAGACAAGUCUACAGGUGCCAACAACUCCAAGAUGACGGAGACACACGAAGAAAAACACAAGUGCGAGACCCGACAACAGUCAGAACACAAGGUUCCUAUCCACGUCAGCUCAACUCUUGGGAACAACCAGAGCAGUUCACAGACACAAAGUGAUUCUAUAAACUCGAAAGCAGAGGCCAAAUGUGAGUACAACACUGCAUCAGAAGAUAAGAAGCUAAGAAGAGAGAGCGAACAGAGAGAACACAUGAGCAGCAGCACGAGUGCCUCUGCAGACACCCAGCACUCAGCAGGGAAGCAGACAGGCACAGAGACGAGAACACAGUCAAAGAAUUCAUCAUCAACAACAUCAGAAGAGUUCAGUAAAAUUCCCUUUUCUAUGCAUGAUUCUGUUCCAAUUAAACGAAAAGGACACUUCUUUGACGAUUCUUUCUUCGAAGACACUCGACUGGACUUUGAAAAUGCAGUGAAUGACGUGCUGAAGAGGUGGGGUGAGAAAGAGCUUCUAAAAGACGCAUGGGAUGACACUGACCUUCGUAUGUCCAACAAUCUCAGACGCUACAGAAAGCUGCGGUCCCAUGAUCUGAAAGAAGACAACCAGGCCAUGACCGUUACUUCCGACAACACAUGCCACAAGAUCGUAUUGGACGUGCGCGACUUUAUGGACGGGGAGGUGAAGGUGAAGGUGGUGGGGGAGAGGGAGCUGCAGGUGGAGGGACGCAUGGACGCCGCCAAGGCAAGAGAUCUAACUGGCGUCUCAAACACCUUCAGGCGUCGCUUCUCCUUGCCAGACGCCACCAACAUGGACGCCAUCACCUCCGUAAUGUCUUCUGACGGUGUCCUAACCAUUACUGCUCCUAGAAUAGUAACCCAAGCAAAAGAAGAAAGUUCGACGAUUCCCAUUAAAGUCACUGAAACGAAGACCAAUGUAACAGAAACUCACAAGACGACUUCGACUUCUCAGGUCGGGUCAGACAACUCAGCAACCUCCUCCAGCGCCAAGUUGAAGGAUACACAAGAGGAAGAAGGUAAACAAAAUGAAUCUAGGCAGAAUAUUAACGAAUUUACUCAACAUACAGAGGAAACGACGGCCCCAGUGAAGAUCAACAUGACUGAGGUACAGGAUAGUAGUACUUCACAAGUGAAAGAAUCUCAAGAAUCAUGUGAGCAGUUUAUUUCUUCUCAAGAUACAUCGAACAAUUUUACUUUAGGCUCUUCCCAAGAGAUUUCAGUGAAUGAGAAGGUUGAGAAAGAGGCUGAGACACGAAAGGACCUGAUGGAGAAUGCCUCAAAUACAUCAUCACAAAUAAAUUUGGUUUCCUCCUCCAAGACAAGUGAAGAGAAACAGUCUGUUGCCGAGCCCGGCAAGGGUACACCCAUCCCCAUCAAGACAAGAGGACUCUUCUUCAAUGAUUCUUUCUUCGAGAAUACGUGGAAGGAUUACCAGGAUGCUGUGAAAGAUAUUGUAAUUAAGUGGGGCGACUGUUCCACCAGCGAUGACAUGACCUGCUACAGGAGACUAAGAUCUCGUGACUUGAGGGAGGAAAACCAGGCUAUCAAGUCUUCAGAAGAUGAAUUUAACUACAGGUUCAUUGUGGAUGUGCACGACUUCAUGACUGGCGGAGAGAUCACCGUCAAGACUCUGGAUGACAGGGAGCUGGUGGUGGAAGGAUGCAUCGAGAAAGAGGAAGAAGGCGCCAGGUCUACCAAACGAUUCCUGCGUCAUUUCGUUCUUCCAGGCAAUGUUGUACUCGACUCUGUGUCUUCCGUGAUGUCUUCAGAUGGUGUGCUAACUAUCACCGCACCAAAGAGGCCCUCUAAGCUGCAAAACCAAUCCACCGAGGAGACGGCGAGGGUGACCGCUGGAGCCCACACAUACCAAGAGUCUGCCUCAGUCAGGAGCAAGAUUGAGGAGUCUCGUGAGUCAUCAACCAAAGCCUUGACCUCAUCAGCUGUUGAUGAGUCUUUGGUGGACCAAACAAGAAAACAAGCAAUUCCUGUACAAGUCAAUGUGACGCAAGAAUAUCAGAGCAGAAGGUCAAGCGAGUUAAACGCUGAUGAUUGGGACCAGAGCUUAGAUAAUGAGCAGCAGAAGACCAGUGGCUACCAAGAAAGAAUUAACUUUGAUGAUGACAACACUCACAAAUUGGCAGCUGAGAAGAAAGACUGCACCUUCCUAGAACAAACUGAGGGUGAUGCUGUCCACCGACGACUUGAGAAGGAGCGUCAUACUGCCAAGUAUGACUUAGGUGAGGAUGAUUCUGAAACAGAGUCUGGCAGGAGUGUAAGACAAGAAGAGGAAGUUGACCCCGUCUAUAAAAACAGGUUCCUGUCAAUAAAGACAAGAGGGCCCUUCUCCGGUGACUCCUUCUUCCUGGAGUCUCGCCAGAACUUCAAGUCCGCUGUGAGGGAUGUAUUAAAGAAAUUCAAUGGAGGACUUUCCUCAGAUUCAGAUGAUGACAUCGCCACUUACCGUGAUCUGCGUCUUCGGGAUCUAAAAUUGGAGAAUCAAGCGGUUCACGUCGACGAAGAUGUUUACACUCAGACGAUCCUUCUCGAUGUCUAUGACUUUCUUGGAGGUGAAGUAACGGCAAAGGUUGUGGAGGGGCAGGAGUUAGUAGUUGAGGGACGCGCUAAAAGGCAACAAGGGACAUGCUUAACUACACUCAGCUUCUUAAGACGCUUCGCACUUCCAGAACGCGCCGACCUGAAGGCCAUCACGGCCGUCAUGUCCUCUGAUGGUGUUCUCCUUAUCAUCAUCCCCAAGUUGCGUAAACACUCUAAACGGUCAGCAUUUAACAAGGAAGCGUCCUCUGAACGCCAAAGAAGGAUGGAUGCUGAGAGAGGACGCAGUUUACUGGAUCGGAACCUGCGGGACUCCUCCAGGGAGCACUCUGAGGGUCGCAGUUCUCGCUCAUUCGUAUCCUCCAGGCUACGACAUUCUCCAGAACUUUCGUCAUUUAACAAGGAAAUGUCUACUGACAGUCACUCAAGAAGGGACAGCAACAGCGAUGUAGGGCGUUCCUGGGAAGAGUCAGCUGAGGGCUCUGAGGGUAGCUCCUCCCGAACCUUCAGCAGCAGUUACAAGUCCCACUCUGCCGCGCACCAGUUCUAAAUACCAUUUCACAUUUAGAUGUCAAUGUCCAUAAACUCAUUAAUGUUAAAGAUAUUCAUUAGAAUUUCAUAUGAUAUAAAAUACUAUUUAUUUUGUUACGGGAAACUUAUGGAGAAAAGAUUUUUUUUGUUGAAUCAUAAUGAAAAUAUAAAAAAAGACACGAGCGAAACUGGAGGCAGCCUUCACCACAAGCAAAGCAUGGCAGCUAACCAAUAGAUGCCGCCACCCUCUGGAUGGUUGUCUCUCGCGCUACUUUGAAGACAAACGACAUUCCAAAUUUUCAGUAAUAUUGUUUUAGCAACUUAUUAUUUUUUAAACACGAGUAAAUUCUGGUGAUUGUUGACAUCGUUACAUGUAAUAUUUAUGGAGGUUUUCCUGUGCCUUACAACAGGAUUUACUUAUACUGUAUAACCUAACAUGUUAAGCAUAUAUUUUUAUCAAUAAAAAGAAACAUUAUGACUA